AUGCGCUUGCCCUUGUCACCGUUCGUGUUUUUGGUUCCUCUCUUCGCGUCCGUUGCAGCAACGGGAUCGGACCUUCCUUCUGCGAGGGUGCACUGUACUCUGGCUGCGAGUGGUGGUGAUGAUGCGCCCCAAUUCCUACGAGCUGUCAGGGCAUGCCCAGUCGUCACAAUUCCGGCUUCGACCACAAUAAUCAUACAAACCCGGUUGGAUAUGACGGGCCUCAGGAACAGACACAUCAAAUUGCAAGGAAAGAUCAGAUUCGAUCCAGAUAUUCCUUAUUGGACUGGGAAUGCUUUUUUCAUUCCAUUUCAAACGCAAGUGACAUUUUGGCUUUUGGGAGGGGAAAACAUCCUAUUCGAUGGCGGCGGAACGUUGGACGGCGCUGGUCAGGCGUGGUGGGAUUCGUACGUCACAAAUACUUCCCUCCUUCGCCCCAUUACCCUCACCAUCUACCAAGCCAAAAAUGCCCUGGUUCACAGCAUCCAGAUGAUCAACGGUCCGGAGUGGUUCAACCUUGUCAACGAAGGUGAACACGUUAUCUAUAAGAAUAUCAGCAUCAGUGCCGUUUCCACCUCCAACAACAUGCCGAGGAACAGCGACGGAUGGGACAUAUAUCGAAGCAACGACGUUACCAUCGUGGACUCGAUUAUCCACAACGACGACGACUGCGUCUCGUUUAAACCAAAUUCGACAAAUGUCCGCGUCGAAAAUUUGGAUUGCACUGGAUCUCAUGGUAUAUCAGUUGGGUCUCUUGGCCAAUAUCCUGGAGUGUAUGACAUUGUCGAAAAUGUGUUCGUCAAGAAUAUCAAGAUGGCGAAUGCUCAAAAUGGUGCGAGGGUCAAAGCAUGGGCAGGCCCGAACGUGGGCAGCGGCACCGUCAAAAAUAUCACGUUCCAAAACUUCAUCGAGACAGCAGUCGAUAACCCGGUUGUCAUCGAUCAGUGUUACAUGACCAACACGACCGCUUGUGCUCAAUUUCCGUCUAAUAUCUAUAUUCAGGAUAUCUGGUUCAAUAAUAUUACUGGCACUGGGACCCGCUCGGUCGUCGCGUCUUUAUUGUGCUCUCCGGACGGUCGCUGCUCGAAUAUCAAUGUCAAUGAUUUUAGCCUCUCUUACCCAGCUGGCAUGGCGCGAUACAGUUGCCAAAACGUCAACCUUACCGGCAAUGCUGCCUCUCUGUUCUCUCCUUGCACCGUCACAUAG